AUGUUCAAACUCAUUUGCAUAUUUGUUUUUGCAUUAGCUGGGUGUAACUGCAUAUGUAAUUUAAAUGAAUACGAUCCCGUUACCUGUGUUUUAUAAUUAACUGAUUCUAAUUGUAUUUGAUAAAUUUUAUUGAUAGGCUUGUAUGUUGAAUUUCUGAAUCAGUGCAUAGAAACAAGUAAUUAAAAUUUAGGAUGCUCUUAUAAUCUCAAUCGUAAUGCUUGUAUAAACUAAUUAACUAUUAGUGGACAUAUUGAGAGCAGAUGUAAAUAUUAAUUUAUAUUUAGGUAUAUUUUAGAAUAGAUGCAGAGAAGUUAAUAUAUUCCAUCUGAAAAACCUUGGUUGCAGUAAUUCAUAUUCAAAAUAUGCUUGCGUUAAUGUAAUUAAUAAAGAUUGCUUUUGGAAUGGUUAUUAAUGUGAAGAUUCUUAAAAGAUUAUAUUUUCAGAUUACUCUAAAGAAUAGUUGUCUCCAUACUCUGUUACUCCAUAACUAUGUGCUAAAUAUCAUAAAUCUCCUUGUAAAUAGCAUAAAUAAUAAAGGUAUGAACACAGGACCACAAGGAGAUUAUAAAUGUGUUACACUUAAUUAGAUAUAAUUUAAAGAAAUAAAAUGUUCAACUUUGGGUUUAAAUGAAAUAGGAUGUGUUUCAAUUUUGACAAAUAAUGAAAUGUGUAAUUUAAUAUAUCAUUUAAGGUCUCUUUGAAAAUGAUAAAUGUAAAACCAUAAAACCUUCUGAGAUAUUAGAAUGCUCUUAAAAAUUAAACAAAUUAGCUUGUUUAUCUAUUACAAAACCUCAUUUGUUAUGUUAAUGGUAACAAAAUGAAUGCCGUGUUUAUAAAUUUGAUCAACAAGUUUCAUGUCUCAACAUUGUUGAUGUUAACAUAAAUGUAUGUGCUAAUUAACAAGGUUUUUGUAUGUUUGACCAAUUAAAUUACAAAUGUACGGAAUUAAAUUAAAACUAAUUGGAAGAUUUAAAUUGCGAUACUCCUGGAAUAACAAAAUUUGCAUGUUUAUCCAUCUAAAAUUAAUAGUGUACUUUUUAUUAAGGAUUUUGUUAAACAUUAUCUGAAAAUGAUUUAAGUAAUUAUUAAUGUUAAAUGUAAUUAAAUUAAGCAGCUUGUAUUAAUAUUAAGACAAAAGAUUAAUUAUGUUUAUGGAAUGGAUAAGGUUGUUAAAAUGUAUAAAUUACUCAAGAUUAAGAUUGCGAUAGUUUUGACCAAUUUUUAGUUAAUGGGAAUGUUUGUUAAGCUAUCACUAAGCCACAUGCAAUGUGUAAAUAUAAUGAAAUAACUAAAAUUUGUGUUGAAAGUUCAACAAAUGAUUAUUGUUCUACUCCAUAUCUAAAUUUAUAUGGAUGUGUUAGUAUUUCAAGAGAGAAUUAGUUUUGUAAGUGGAUAGAUUCAAGUUGUUAAGAUAUUUUAAUAAUACCAUUUGAAACUGUUUGUAGUAGUUUGGAAUAUGCAAAUUAUCUAUCGUGUCAAUAAGUUUUUGAAAAUAAUUAAAUUGGUUGUUAUUUUGAUAAAAACAAAUCCUAAUGUGUAUCUUUAUUAAUAAGCACUGAUAAUGAAAAUAAUAUAAAUCUGCAGGAGAUACAAAAGGCUAAUUAAUUUUUAGCAACAGUGUCAUGUUUUGAUAAAACUUUAGGAUUGAAUAGAAUAAUAUGUGGGUCUAUAAUGACAGAAAAUGUAUUUUGCAGAUGGCAAUAAAAUAGCUGUAAAUUUUUGAAAAAAAAUGCCAUUACUAAUAUUCCUUGUACAGAUCUUAAGUAUGCUAAUCCAUAAACAUGUGCUCAAGUAAAAUACAACAAUGAAUUUUGCAGAUAUUUUAAAGAAGAAAUAGGAUGUACAAAUCAACUAAUAGGUGAAAUGAAUUGCAAUGAUCUAGGACUUAAUACGAUUAGUUGUAAGAAGGCUAAAGAGAAUUGUUACUUUGAGAAGGAUAGAUGCUAGAGUAUUGGAGAAAUUUCAACUUCAAUUACUCCAGAAGUUUAAAUAAUUUUAGAAAAACUACAGUGCCUUUCAAAUUUUCCAACAGAAAGAAUUUGCUUAGCAAUAUAAACACCAGGUUAAUUAUGUUAAUGGUCUAUUAUGUAUUAGUAGUGUAGAGAAAUUUAAGUACUUCCAAAUAAGAAAUGUGCAGACUUCUCAUCUUUUCAAGUUAAUGUUAAUGUUUGUGCAUCUAUUACAAUGGAAAAUCCAAAUAAUAUCAUUUUUGGUAUGGAGUAAUCAUUUGAGGAAUAGAAUCCUGGUUAUUGUGAAUAUGAUAUAACAGAAAAAAUUUGUAAGGUAAAAACCAAAGAUUGUACUUCUGAAUGUUGCACAGAAAAUGAAUUAAUAGGAAUAAAUGUACAUUCAUGCAGUAGAUUCUCAAGUAAAAAUCCAGGAGUUUACUGUUAUUUUCAAGACUUCAGAUGUAAGUAACUCACAAACUAAAUUGUGGAUAUCUCAAAUUCUAAUAAUGUAAAGAGCUAUUAUAAUGAAAAAAAAUUUACUUGUGCUUAAAUGAAUAAGAAUUCUUGUCAUAUGAUAGAUUGGUCAACUUCUUAAACAUGCUAUUAUAAUGGAUUUGCUUGUGUAAAUUUAAAUUUAAAAAAGAAUUUAGACUUGAUAGAAUUUACAAAACCUUCUUCAAUUCUUAAUAUCUAUGCCUGUCUAGCAAUUGAGGCAGUGAAUAGCAUCAACUUAAGUUAAAAAUACUUUGAGUAUAAUUAAGAAGGUAAAAACUGUAAGCUACUUUUAUAACCAUAUCCAUAAUAUUAAACUUGUGAAAGUGUAACUGGAAAUUCUAACAUUUGCUUAGGACUUACUAGUAAUCUUUAUUGUAAAUGGAACAAAGAAACGCUAACUUGUAUUACAAUAACAGUGGAUUAAUAAUAAGAAAUCCUCACUUGUAAUGAAUAUCAAAAUAUCAAAUCAUGCAUAGAAAAUUAAUAUUCAGCUUGCCAAUUCUCUCUUGCCUAAGAUAAAUGUAUUAACGCACCUUUAGAUCAAGAUUGCUCAUAUUUCAAUACUACAGGUAAAGUGAGUAGAAAAACUUGCUCAUUAAUAUCAAAAAAUGGUUAAAUUUGUGAAUUCUAAAAUAAUUAUUGUGUUGUAUCUACCAAAUCAAUUGAAGGAUGUAAUUUAGAUGGAAUUAAUAAAAGAGGUUGUUUUAAGAAUACUCAAGGAAAUUGCAGAUGGGAUGAUAUCUCAGGUUAAUGCUAUGAAAAUAAAACAGCUCUAUAAGAAUUGGAAUGUAAUAAUAAUCUAAAUUAAAUCUUAUGUAUGAAAGUUACGAAGCAACCUUGCAUGUGGAAUGAAGAUCAAUAUUAAUGUGUUUAUUUUAAUAUGAUGACUAAAGAUCAAUACGUAGGAUAGAAUCCUAAGAACUAAUAUAAUCAAUGGGCUUGUGCCCUAAUAGUUGGUGCUGGGUACACAUUUGAUGCAGAUAAUCAUAAAUGCAAAAUCCUAGACGAUACUUAAAAAUUUGGAUGUUCUGAUAUUUCUAUGAAUAACUAUGCAUGUUAAUUUUUAACAAAAGGUUCAAAUUGUUAUUUCGAUUAAAAUGAAAAACCUCCAAAAUGUAAAAUUUUCAAUAUGGAUCAAACAAUUUGCUCAUCUAAAUAUGCUAUAAAUAUUGAAGUCUGUAUGAAUAUACCAAAGUCAUGUAAAUUCUCUCUUCAGAAUUUAUCUUGCACAACAUUGUAAGUUAAAAUAGAUACAAGUUGUUUAGAUCUUUAGGAUUUAUAAAACAGAGGAGAAUAUGUUAAUAAACUAGGAUGCUCCUCUAUAUCAGAAUCUUUAGAAGGGAAUGAUGGAGAAUAUUAAUGCUAUUAAAAUAAAGAAUUUGUGCAAUAAUGCAAUUAUUAGAGAUUUUGUAUUUGGAAUAAUUAUACCUGUAAAGUGAGUAAAUAAUAAAUUCAUUUAUUUGAUACUAAACAUUACAUCAUCAGUUAAUAGUCAUAUUGGGUAUAUCAACAUAAUAAUUGCACCGAUGCUGCUGAAUGUAACUAAUAUGUAACAAAUUCAGAAUUUUAAAGUGAUGGCUUAACUUAUCCAGGCAAAAGUGAUUAAUUAAAAUGUGGAUUAGGAAGAUGUGAUUAUACAAAUGAACCGUGUUCUAUAAGUGACAAUUGUGGAUAGAUUUUUAUUGAAAAUCUUAAGAUUAAUGAUGAUGGCACUACAUAACCACCUAUCAUAUAGGACUAAACUUGUUAAUAAUAUUGUUAGUAAUAAUUAGAAAUUUAGCCUUGUAAGGAUACAGACCCCCCACCUCAAGAAGUUUUAAACCCAGAAAUAUUAUAAAAAUAAAAAUGCUUUGGAAAUUGUAAUUAGACAAAAGAAGCUUGCUAAAUGUUUAGCGAUUGUCCAAAAGCUUAAUAAACCUAAGUAAAUAAAGUAUUAAUUGAGAACACUUUUAUCAAUAUAACCACUACUAUAGAAAUAACUUAACUUUGUGCUUCAUAUAAAUGUUCAGAUAGCCAUAAAGCAUGUAAUAAGACAGCUGAUUGUUUUCCUUUUGUCGCCUAAUCUUGGGAACUCUAGGAUGCAAUAUGUAAAAAAUACAAUAUAUAUACUAAAUCUGAAAUUUGUAAAGGGUUUUAUUAUCUAUAGUUAAAAUGCCGAAAUAUUUUUUCUAAAGCUCUUUGUCUUGAAAUGACAAAUUAAAACUGUUACUUUGAUAUAAAUUAAGGUGGUUGUAUUUAGCUUGAAGGGAAUGAACAUAAAGUUCCAAAUUGUGAUAGCGUAAAAAAUACUCGCAAACCAACUAAUUAGUGCGAUAACUUCAAUAAUAUUUGUAGAUUUAGUGGGUAAUAAUAAAAUGAAUAUUAAAAUACAUGUCAAGCAGUAUCUUCAUAAUUAGUGUAUUGUAAAGAUAGUAGCGAAUAAAAUGUUGCAGAUAAUUUAUGUCCUGCUAAUACACAUCGUUAUAAAAGUUGUGUUAAAGAUUUAAAUUUUCAAAGCUCGGUAUCUUGUAUAAGGGUUUUAAAUCCAUCAAUAUUUAAUUGCGCUGCAGUAGCUGAUUAUUGUCGAUAUUCAAAUGGGGUUUGUGUUUCUGAUUAGAAUAUCUAUCCAUGUUUAUGCGAUAGAAGCUAUAGUAAAUCUUGGUGUGAAUAUUGCAAAUGCGACUUUGAUUUACUUGGGUACUGUUAACCAGAGAGAAAACCUAUUCAAAAAUUACCUGAUAAUUCUAAUCAAUAUUAUUUAUGUUAUGAGGUGAAUUUGUUACCAAUUGAAACUGAGAGUAAAAAAAAAGUUUGUGGAAUGGUCGAAUAAGCUUGUCGAUAUACUUUUACAUGCGAAGAUGCAACUCAUUAUAGUUGUGAUUAUCUUCUAAAUUUGGUUGUAUCUAAAAGAGCUUGUAUCAGGUGUAAUUCUUUGAGUGUUUAUUAUGAUGAGCAAAAAUUAUUUUGUAAAAUUUUGGAAGAUAAGAUAAAAUCAUGCAAUCUAUUAAACAAGCAGGCAUGUUUAUAAAUGACAAAAGAGAUAAAGUGUAAAUGGGAAGAUUAGGAAUGUAAAUAAAUAGAUAGAAUAACAGGAUCUGAUAGUAGAGAUUGUUCAAUAUAUAAUUAAGAUGCAUGUAUACAAUUUUAGUAAGAUUGUUGGUUUGAUUUGAAUAUUGGAUAUUGUACAUAAUUUGAUCCCACUUAAGGUUAUUGUAAUUUAUUAUUGAAUGAAGAUCUUUGUUUAUUUUCAUUAAAGGAAUCUUGUUUAUGGGAUUCAAUUAAUUAAAAAUGUAUUAAAAAUGAUAAAGAAAUAACUUAAUGUUCAGAUCUAAAUAAAUUUGGAUGUUUAAAUUAAUCAAUUAUCUCAUGUGUAUGGUCAGAUCUUUAUGAAUGUUAAUAGGCUAUAUUAAAUGAUAAAGUAAUAUCAUGUAAUUAAGCAAUAUCAAAUAUUUAAUAAUCAUAUAUUACUCAUUUUAGUUAAAAGAUUUGUUCUUAAUUAAAGAUUUAAUCAAAUUGUUUCUUAGAUAAUUAUUAUUAAUGUCGAGAAACUAUUAUUACUGAUUUAAUUAAAUGCGAUACCUAAGGAUUAAAUAAAUUUGGUUGUAUUAAUAGAUCAAUAGGGUAAUGUUAAUUUAUAGAUGAACAAGUUUAAUGUGUAGAAAAUAAAAAUGAUUAAGUUGGAUGUCUUGAUUCAUUAAAUAAAUGGGCUUGCAUUUCUUAAAAAUAAACAUGUAAAUUUGAUAAUAACAUUUGUUCUCUUCAUUAAGUAAAUACAAUUAAUGAUAUCAUUAAUUCUACUUUAAAAUUUGCUUAUUCUAAUAGUGUUUGUUAUUCUUUAGAUUAAAAAAUAACAGAUUGUUUAAUAUACAGCGAAAUAUAAAAUAGAUGUAUUAAUGUAUCGAAUAGAUAACCUUUUAUUGAUAAUUGUUAUAAAUUUACAACUAAUAAGUAUGCUUGUUUAUAAAAGACAUUACAAACAUGUGAAUAUAAUUAAAAUGAAAAUAGAUGCAUUCAAACAUCUUAAUAAACUUUAAAGACAAUAAAUAAUUGUUUUCCUGAAAAAGAUUUAAAUUGGGUUUCUUGUAUAUCUUUACCUUCUAAUUGUAAAUUCAAUGGAAUAAAAUGUUAAUCUAUUGAUUUAAAUAUUGAUACUUGUGAAUCUUUAUCUAAAUCAAAAUUUAUUGUUAAAGCAUCAGUUUGUGCAACUACAAAUGAUCGAAAUUGUAAAUUAAAUAUUACUUCAAAUACUUGUGAAAUUGUAUUAGAAACAGAUAAUUUCUAAUGUUCAACUCCAGGUUUAAAUAGAAGGACUUGUUUAUUCUAAACAAAAGGCUAUCUUUGUAGAUUUUAAGAUAAUUAAUGUAUUUUUGAUUUUGGAUAAGCUUAAUGUGAAGAUAUGAUUAAUGAAGAUAAAUGUUAUUCAAUCAAAACUAAAGGCUAAUACUGUGCAUUUAACUCAACAAAAGGUUGCUAUUCUAUUGAUAAUACUUAAGGAGAAUUACUUAAAUGUACUCAUUCAUUUAAAACUAAUCCUAUUACCUGCUCAAAAAGUACAGAUAUCCCAUGUUUCUACGAUAAAUAAAACAAUUCAUGCACACCUUUUCUUGAUAAUAAAGAAUAAUAUCAGUCUCUUAACUUAAACUGGAAUAACAAAAUAUCAUUUAAUUCAUUAAUGUGUUAAAGAUAUUCAUAAGAUAAUAUUAAAGUAUUUUGGAAAGCCUAAGUUAAUGAAGAGGAAUGCUUUGAAGUAUAAGAUGCUGAACUGAAAAAUUUAAAGUGUAGCAAUUAACUAAAUGAAAACGGCUGCAUUAACAUUUAAACACCAUAUGAAUAUUGCUAAUACGAAAACUUUAUCUGCAAUUCAAUCAAUAUUGAUAAUCCUAAAUUAAAUAGAAAUUGCACUUACUAUUAAAAGAUUAAUAGUGGUGCUCUAUGCUAAAUAACAACUGAUAAUCCUUGUGAAUAUGAUUGGAGAAAUAAAAGAUGUUAAGUUCUUAUAGAACCCUUUGAAGUAGAUUGCGAUAAUUCAACUUCAAACAAGUGGUACNUUUGUUCUUAAUUAAAGAUUUAAUCAAGUUGUUUCUUAGAUAAUUAUUAUUAAUGUCGAGAAACUAUUAUUACUGAUGUAAUUAAAUGUGAUACCUAAGGAUUAAAUAAAUUUGGUUGUAUUAAUAGAUCAAUAGGGUAAUGUUAAUUUAUAGAUGAACAAGUUUAAUGUAUAGAAAAUAAAAAUGAUUAAGUUGGAUGUCUUGAUUCAUUAAAUAAAUGGGCUUGCAUUUCUUAAAAAUAAACAUGUAAAUUUGAUAAUAACAUUUGUUCUCUUCAUUAAGUAAAUACAAUUAAUGAUAUCAUUAAUUCUACUUUAAAAUUUGCUUAUUCUAAUAGUGUUUGUUAUUCUUUAGAUUAAAAAAUAACAGAUUGUUUAAUAUACAGCGAAAUAUAAAAUAGAUGUAUUAAUGUAUCGAAUAGAUAACCUUUUAUUGAUAAUUGUUAUAAAUUUACAACUAAUAAGUAUGCUUGUUUAUAAAAGACAUUACAAACAUGUGAAUAUAAUUAAAAUGAAAAUAGAUGCAUUCAAACAUCUUAAUAAACUUUAAAGACAAUAAAUAAUUGUUUUCCUGAAAAAGAUUUAAAUUGGGUUUCUUGUAUAUCUUUACCUUCUAAUUGUAAAUUCAAUGGAAUAAAAUGUUAAUCUAUUGAUUUAAAUAUUGAUACUUGUGAAUCUUUAUCUAAAUCAAAAUUUAUUGUUAAAGCAUCAGUUUGUGCAACUACAAAUGAUCGAAAUUGUAAAUUAAAUAUUACUUCAAAUACUUGUGAAAUUGUAUUAGAAACAGAUAAUUUCUAAUGUUCAACUCCAGGUUUAAAUAGAAGGACUUGUUUAUUCUAAACAAAAGGCUAUCUUUGUAGAUUUUAAGAUAAUUAAUGUAUUUUUGAUUUUGGAUAAGCUUAAUGUGAAGAUAUGAUUAAUGAAGAUAAAUGUUAUUCAAUCAAAACUAAAGGCUAAUACUGUGCAUUUAACUCAACAAAAGGUUGCUAUUCUAUUGAUAAUACUUAAGGAGAAUUACUUAAAUGUACUCAUUCAUUUAAAACUAAUCCUAUUACCUGCUCAAAAAGUACAGAUGUACCAUGCUUUUAUAAUAUUUAGACAAAACAUUGUAUUAAGUUUAUAAAUCCUAAAGAUAACAAUGAAAUCAUUAAUUAGGAUUAUUUUGUGCAGAACCUAAACUCAUUUAAUUCUCUCGCAUGCAUUAUAAAUAAUAUGGCUCGAUUAGAUUAAAUACCUAGUUCAGGCAAAUUACAAACUAAAUGGAUAGGUGAAUGUAUAGAAACAUUGAACUCUGAAGUAAUAACAUUGAAAUGCAAUGAUAAAUUAAAUGAAAUUGCAUGUAUAUCUAUAUAGACACCUUUUUANUUUGUUCUUAAUUAAAGAUUUAAUCAAGUUGUUUCUUAGAUAAUUAUUAUUAAUGUCGAGAAACUAUUAUUACUGAUGUAAUUAAAUGUGAUACCUAAGGAUUAAAUAAAUUUGGUUGUAUUAAUAGAUCAAUAGGGUAAUGUUAAUUUAUAGAUGAACAAGUUUAAUGUAUAGAAAAUAAAAAUGAUUAAGUUGGAUGUCUUGAUUCAUUAAAUAAAUGGGCUUGCAUUUCUUAAAAAUAAACAUGUAAAUUUGAUAAUAACAUUUGUUCUCUUCAUUAAGUAAAUACAAUUAAUGAUAUCAUUAAUUCUACUUUAAAAUUUGCUUAUUCUAAUAGUGUUUGUUAUUCUUUAGAUUAAAAAAUAACAGAUUGUUUAAUAUACAGCGAAAUAUAAAAUAGAUGUAUUAAUGUAUCGAAUAGAUAACCUUUUAUUGAUAAUUGUUAUAAAUUUACAACUAAUAAGUAUGCUUGUUUAUAAAAGACAUUACAAACAUGUGAAUAUAAUUAAAAUGAAAAUAGAUGCAUUCAAACAUCUUAAUAAACUUUAAAGACAAUAAAUAAUUGUUUUCCUGAAAAAGAUUUAAAUUGGGUUUCUUGUAUAUCUUUACCUUCUAAUUGUAAAUUCAAUGGAAUAAAAUGUUAAUCUAUUGAUUUAAAUAUUGAUACUUGUGAAUCUUUAUCUAAAUCAAAAUUUAUUGUUAAAGCAUCAGUUUGUGCAACUACAAAUGAUCGAAAUUGUAAAUUAAAUAUUACUUCAAAUACUUGUGAAAUUGUAUUAGAAACAGAUAAUUUUUAAUGUUCUACUCCAGGUUUAAAUAGAAGGACUUGUUUGUUCUAAACAAAAGGCUAUCUUUGUAGAUUUUAAGAUAAUUAAUGUAUUUUUGAUUUUGGAUAAGCUUAAUGUGAAGAUAUGAUUAAUGAAGAUAAAUGCUAUUCAAUCAAAACUAAAGGCUAAUACUGCACAUUUAACUCGACAAAAGGUUGCUAUUCUAUUGAUAAUACUUAAGGAGAAUUACUUAAAUGUAUUCAUUCGUUUAAAACUAAUCCUAUUACCUGCUCAAAAAGCACAGACAUUCCAUGCUUCUACGAUAAAUAUAACAAUUUAUGCACACCUUUUUUCGAUAAUAAAGAAUAAUAUCAGUCUCUUAACUUAAACUGGAAUAACAAAAUAUCAUUUAAUUUAUUAAUGUGUUAAAGAUAUUCUUAAGGGGCUCUUAAGGUAUAUUGGAAAAUCUAAGAUGAUUAAGAAGAAUGUUUUGAAGUCUAAGAUGCUGAACUGAGAAUUUUGAAGUGUAGUAAUUAACUAAAUGAAAACGGAUGCAUUAAUAUUCAAACACCAUUUUAAUUGUGCUAAUAUGAAAAUUUUAUCUGCAAAUCAAUUAAUCUUGAUAUUCCUAACUUAAAUAAAAAUUGUUCUUAUUAUCAAAAAAUUAAUAAUAGUGCUGUCUGUUAAAUAGCUACCGAUAAUCCUUGUGAAUAUGAUAUAAAGAAUAAAAGAUGCUAAGAACUUACAUAGGCCUCUGAAGUGGAUUGCGAUAAUAAUCAAACUUAAAUUAAGGGGUACAAUUAGUUAGCAUGCAACAAGAAUAACAAUUGCAUAUUUUAUGAUGGCACUUGCUAUAACAAAAUUGGAGAAUCAAUAGCAUUUUGUUAAGAUGUAGAAUCUAGUUAAAUUUAACUUUGUAAAUAAAUUAUUACUUAAGGUUGUACUGUAAAUAAAGAGAGGUGCAUAUUAUUAUUACCAAACAAUUAUUGGUCUAUACAGUGUAAUGAAGCAGUUAAUAUAAAAGGAUGUAUUUAAAUUUAAACUCCAGGAUAAACUUGUUAUUUUGAUUAAUAUUUAGAGAAAUGCAAGUUCUAAAAUUUAUAUAUUGAUUUUAAAUCAAAAUGUUUAGAGCUGAACAACAUAAAUUCUUUUAAAUUUUGUGAAUAAGCUCCAGAUUAACCAUGCAAAUAUAAUUUAAUGAUGAAUAAAUGUGAGAUUGCAGCUGGAAAUAAUUAUGAUUGUAUUCGUGGAUUGAAUAAAAUGGCAUGUUAUAAUUUGACUGAUAAAUAAUAAUAAUGUAAAUAUCUAAAUUAUUGUUAUGGACCAAAUGAUAAAAUACUGGAAUGCAAUCCUAAUAAUUAUUAUGAUUGCUGUCGUGAAGCAUUAACUAAAGAGUCAUGCUUAUUUCAAAAAAGAUUUAAAUGUUAAUGGCAGGAUGGAUGUUAUGCCUAUCAUUAAAUAAGUUAAAAUAAAUGCAACUCAAUAAAAGAUGCUUCAAUAACUGUUUGCACAUCUAUAUAAGACCCAUUUUGUAUAUUUGACUCUGAGAAUUUCAAUUGUAAGUAAAUUACUCCUGAAAGUUGUGAUGAAAUAUAAACUUCCUAACAAUGCAAUACAAUAAUAGACUUUCCUUGUCUAUGGGAUGAACUUAAUGAAACUUGCACUUAUAAAGAGAAAGAUAUUUUUGAUUAGUGCAAUAACAUUAGUGAUAAUAAUGGUAAUCUGAAAGCUUGUACUAUGAUUGAAAGAAGUGGUUAAAAAUGUAUAUUUUAAAAUAAUUAAUGUCAGACAUUUAUCUAAAAAGAAGGGAUUAAUAACUGCAUUAAUAAUAUUAAUAAAGAAUCUUGUUUAUAAUAAAAUGUUAGUCAGUGUGAAUGGGUUAUAAAAGAAGUGAAAGUAAAGAAAAGAAAGGAUAUUACAAAAUUGGAAACUAUAAAAAUAGGAGAAUGCUAAUAAUUUACUGAUUUUGAUAAAAGAGAAUGUAAUUUACUGUUAAGUUAUCAAUCAUGUAUAUCAAUUAAGAAGUUAGGGUAAUUUUGCAGAUGGAAAAAUAAUAAAUGCCAAAAUUUUUAUUUAUCUGAUUAUUUGACUUCUAAGAAUAAGCUACCUGAAUUAGCUUAAAUGGUUAAUCCAAAUGUCUGUGGAUUAUAUUAAGAUCAAAGAUUAAUUAUAUAUUCUUAAGAACUCGCUUCAUGUAUUGAAGUAAAAGAUUCAACCAAAUUAUCUUGUAAAUAAUCAAAAUAUGGUUUAAAUUCAAUAUCUUGUUUUAAAAUAUAAUCUGAAUUAUGUAAAUGGAAUCAUAUCGAUAAAACAUGUGAAUAAGUAACUAUAAAAAAUACAAAUCUUACAAUUUCUUGUGAUUUGCCUGGCCUCAAUUCAAAAGCAUGUACAUUAAUUGAAAUAAAUGAUAGUUGUGGUUUUAUUGGCAAUGGAUGUGGUAAAAUAAAUUUAAAUGUUAAUUGCAAACAUUAAGGAUUAAACAAAUUUGCUUGUUUGAAUAUUUUGAACUAUCCUUGUGCUUGGAUUAAGAAUGAUGAGGAUGAAAAUUAUCAUUGUGAUGACUAUUAACCAUAUGACACUUGCAACAGCAUUAAUCUGUAAGUUAACUCUAUGGUAUGUUCAUCUGUUUAAAUUGAUGCUUGCUAUUAUAAUAAAUAAACUCAAAGUUGUGAAUCUCCGAAAGAAAAUUUGGAUCAUUGUGAUAUUGAGGGUUUAAAUUACAUUGCAUGUUCUGAAGUAAAAGGAUGUUAUUAUGAAAAUCAUAAAUGCUAAACUCUUAAAGAAUAAACUUAUAAUUGCCUUAAAUAUCCUAACGCUCAUUAAGAAAUUUGUAAAAACGCUUAUGAUAUAUGUAAAUAUAGUCCUUUGAAUUAUGGUUGUACCCCAUCUUAAUCCAAUGAAAUAUGCAAAAGAGAAGGUUUAAGUUAAUCAGGUUGCGUCAAAUCAUAAAACUAGUGUUUUUGGAAUAGAAACAAUUGUGAAUGCUUAAGCAUUUAAAAUGUUUUCCCAUUAUGUGAUUAAAUAGUUAACUCGCAAAAAUGUAAGAAAUUUAAUUAUUGCUUUUAUGAUUAUUAGAAAACAAAUAACAAUGAAGUUAAUUAAUAAAUUGAAAACUAAAAUUUAGGGAUUUGUAGACAAAAACUUUGCUCAGAACGUACAAGAGGGGAAUGUUAAAAGUCUUAAAUAUUAGAUGAUUAUUGCUAUUUAAACAGUCAACAUUAGUGUUAAUAAGCAAAUUCAUGCGAAGAAGUCAAAAAUGCACUAUAAAUGUGCUCCAAUUUAGUAAUUAAUGGUAUUCCUUGCACAGAACAUUCAGAUAAUAUUACUUGUAAGAAAUUAGAGUGUUCAGCACUGGAUUAUAAAUAGUGCAAAUAAUUUUCUCUUUAUUGCUAUUUUAAUGACUUUUGUAAACCCAAAUUAUGUUAAGAAUUGGAAUCUGAAGAAUCAUGCAGAUUUCAUAAUUGCUAAUGGAACUACUAUAAUAAUUAAUGCAGUAAUAAUUAACCAUGUGAGAGUUAUUUUACUUAGUAUUUAUGCAAUUAAAAUUCUUUUAAUAAUGUUAAAUGUGCCUGGAAAAUAAAUAAUGAAGAGAGAUUUUGCACUGCUAAAGGUUGUAGAGAGUUAGCUAAGUUAUAAGAAUGUAGAAAUACAUUUAUACAAAAAAAUAUUUGUGUUAAACUUCAAGAUGAUACAUGUUUAUAAUGUGAGGAAAUUAAAGAUUCAUGUUUAUGCAUCGAUCAAGAGUAUUGCAGUUUCAAUUAUAUUUUGGGCUAAUGCUAGUCUAUAAAUUGUAUUAAUUUAACUAAUGAAAGCAAAUGUUAAUAAUUUCAUUUUUGUUAAUUCAAUUCUUAAAAUAAGGUAAUGGUAAUAUCUAAAUUAGACUUGCCACUUUAAUUGCGCCAACUAUAAUAAUAUCUUUGAUUGUACAGAUGACUCUUCAUACUGUUAGUGGAAUGAUGAAUAAAAUAGUUGUACAUAAAUAUAAGUAGUUAUCAAACCGGAUUCACCAGUUAUUAAUUUCGAUCGGAAACUUUAUACUUGUUUUAGUAUCCUUGUUUGGCUACUCUUCUGA